AUGGCAAUGCUUUCUUUGGGUAGAAGACAAAAACCGCUAGUAUUAGGUGCAGCAAUCAUAUUGCUUGUGCUCUUAGUUUCAGUUUCCUUUUCAUCAACGAAAAAUGCCAGUAUUUCUCCAAUUGUAGGAUCCUCAAAUUCAGGUUCCACUUCAGGGUCAGAUUCUGUCCACAAGGCCGAAUUCGGUGUUGGAGAGGCAGUGUCUCCUUCUAAUGAUGAUACGCUACUCUCUGGUGCUACCAUUGAACAAGACACGGUUAACCAAAACGUCAAGGCCAAACCACAUGUUGUUGGUAAUGAGAAAGUCGACACUAUUGCAGGCUCGGACGCCUCCCUAAAAUCCAAGGAGGAAAGUAUAGCCAAGGCAAAGGGCAGUAAGGAAAUCGAAAGUUACUCUGGAUCAUCAGAGAGUGAUGGAGAUACGCCGCUCAAGGAUACCAAAAUUCCUGCAAAGAAACCUGUAAAGGAUACUACCAAAGAUACCACAGCCAAGCCAUUGACAGACAAGUCUGCUGCUUCCGGUAGUGGUAAUUCCGGCUACGAGUAUGUAGUUAUGAUUGACGCCGGUUCGACUGGAUCGAGAGUCCAUGUCUACUCCUUUGACACGUCUGUUUCUCCUCCAGCUUUAAUGAACGAGGAAUUUAAGAUGUUAAAGCCAGGUCUCUCCUCCUUCGAUACUGACACUGUUGGUGCAGCAAAAUCGUUGGAUCCAUUGUUAGAAUUGGCUUUAGCUAGUAUUCCAACGGACAAACAGGGAUGUUCUCCUGUUGCUGUUAAGGCCACUGCGGGCUUGAGAUUAUUAGGAAAGGCAAAAUCAGAUGCUAUAUUGAAACAGGUCAGAAAACACCUAGAGGAAGACUAUCCGUUCCCUGUUGUUGAUGGUGAUGGUAUUUCCAUCAUGGAUGGAUCUGAUGAGGGUGUUUAUGCAUGGAUCACAACUAAUUAUUUAUUAGGUAACAUUGGCACUUCCAAGAAGCUAGACACAGCAGCGGUGUUUGAUCUUGGUGGUGGAUCAACUCAGAUUGUUUUUGAACCAACUGAUGGUGAUUCUUUAUUAGAAGGCGAACACAAGUACAACAUCGAAUUUGGUGGUAGGAAGUUUACAUUGUACCAAUAUUCACAUUUGGGUUACGGUUUAAUGCAAGCUAGAAAUAAGGUCAAUGCAGAGGUAUUGAAGUCCGAGAUGAAGACCGCCGGUAAAUCCAAAUUUGUUCCAUUGAAAGAAUCACAAAUUAAAAAUGCAGUUGCAGAUGUCACUAUUGAAAACCCAUGUGUUCCACCUGGUGUUACAGCAGAAGAUGUUAUAGUUGAACUAGAAAAUGGUGAUAAAUACGCAGUCACUUUUGUUCCACCAAAGAAAACAUCAUCCGAUAGUCUAGCUGGCCAAUGUAAAUUCUUAACUGACUCAAUCUUAAAUAAGGAUUUAGAUUGUGAGUCUGACUCGUGUUCAUUUAAUGGUGUUUACCAACCAUCCUUCAAAGACCAAUUCCCAUCAACUGCGGAUAUGUAUGUUUUCUCAUACUUCUACGAUAGAUUACAACCUAUUGGUAUGCCAGAUUCAUUCACCUUGAAGGAAAUGAAUGAUAUCAUGGAGUCGGUUUGUGCAGGUUCACACUUAUGGGACAAAUACUUUACCCAGGAGGCACAUAUCAAGGAAUUGGAGAACGAACCAUUGUGGUGUUUAGAUCUCAACUUUAUGACUUCCCUUCUGCACAACGGUUACGAUAUUCCUCUCAAGAGAGAAUUAAAGACUGCAAAGACUAUUGGUGGUAACGAGCUGGGUUGGUGUCUCGGUGCUUCAUUGCCGCUACUUGACAAGUCCAACUGGACUUGCCGUGUUACCAAGGAACUAUGA